CCGUCCCCGUGCCCGUCCCCGUCCCCGUCGUCUCCUACAGGAUACGAUCAGCGCAGCCAAAACUGAAAUUCCUGAAGGCAAAAGCUUCAGAACAGCAGGUCCAGUUCAGAGCGAUGGCAACGACAGCUUACCAGAAGCUGCUGCAAGUUGGCACUAAGAUCGUCGCUGUUGGUAGAAACUACGCUGCUCACGCUAAGGAACUCGGCAACGCCGUUCCCAAGGAGCCCGUCUUGUUUCUGAAACCAACGUCGUCCUACUUGGAAAAUGGAGGAACAAUCGAAGUCCCACACAACGUGGAUUCUCUGCAUCAUGAGGUCGAGUUGGCGGUGGUGAUCGGGAAGAAGGCUCGUGAUGUACCCGAGUCUUCUGCUAUGGAUUAUGUCGGAGGUUAUGCCCUCGCACUAGAUAUGACAGCGAGGGACCUCCAAGAUGUAGCAAAGUCUGCAGGUCUUCCAUGGGGUUUGGCUAAAGGGCAGGAUACUUUCACACCAAUUAGUUCUGUUUUGCCCAAGACUGCAGUGCCAGACCCCCAUGAUAUAGAAUUAUGGUUAAAGGUAGAUGAUGAAAUACGGCAGAAAGGCUCAACCAAGGACAUGAUUUUUAAGAUACCAUUUCUAAUUAGCCACAUAAGCUCCAUCUUUACCCUCUUUGAAGGAGAUGUGAUACUUACGGGCACUCCCCCCGGUGUUGGUCCUGUGAAGCCAGGUCAGAAGAUCACUGCAGGCAUUACAGGCCUUUUGGACACAAACUUCAAUGUUGAGAAAAGAAAAGGGCCUGGUAAUCCUUGAUCUGGGGUCAUCAUUAUUCAUUAACCCCUUGUGG